GCAGCUAGCCGAAUGCCGCACAGCACAAGCACGGCAGCAACACCUAUGAAGCCCUUCUCCCGGAGCCUCCAGAGGGACCUGGACGCCGCAGUCGACGACGAUGACGGCAAGCAGCACUUCGCCGACGACGGCGAUGGCAAGCAGAACACCGAGAGAGGCCUCCGGCGGCCGUCCCGGCUCUUCUACCUCGCGCUCCUCUACACCGUCUUCUGGGCCCUGGUAUUCUACCACCACUUCUCCACCAGCUCGCAACAAUCCGGCAAAGCGGCGGUGGCAGCACCCACCGUGCUCCAGCUCAAGCCGUCGGCGUUCUUCUCGCAGUCUCGCUUCUUCCGCCUGGACCCGUGCGGCGGCCGGUACGUGUACAUGUACGACCUGCCGCCGCGGUUCAACGCCGACCUCGUCCGCCAGUGCGGCCGGGUCCCAAUCUCCUCCCACGUGUGCAAGGACGUGUCCCACGACGGGUUCGGCCCGCCCAUCCCGGGCGGCGGCGAGGGCGGGUCGCUGCCGGAGCGGGGCGCCUACGACACCGACCAGUUCAUGCUGAGCAUCAUCUUCCACGCCCGGAUGCGGCGGUACGAGUGCCUCACGGCCGACCCCGCCGCCGCCGACGUGGUGUACAUCCCGUUCUACGCCGGCCUGGACGCGGCGAUGCACCUGAGCAACCAAGACCUCGCGGUGCGGGACGCCCUGUCUCGGGACCUGAUGGACUGGCUGGCGCGGCGGCCAGAGUGGCGCGCCAUGGGCGGGCGCGACCACUUGCUCGUCUCCGGGCGGGGUACAUGGGACUUCCUCCGCAGCCCGGACUCAACCGGCUGGGGUAACACGCUCAUGACCUACGACCUGGCCAUCCGCAACGCCACGUUCCUCAGCACUGAGGCUAGCCCGCGGCACGGCAACGACUUCGCUCUGCCGUUCCCGUCGCACUUCCAUCCCACUUCCGACGCCCAAGUCACCGGCUGGCAGGACCGCAUGCGCCGGCGGGACCGCGCGUGGCUCUGGUGCUUCGCCGGCUGGCCCCGUGCCCAGGGCAUCGGUAUGGGGCCUGAGCGCGCCGAGAUCAUGGAGCAGUGCGGCAACUCCAGCCGCUGCUCUAUGCUUGGCAAGUUGAACCACUACGUGCCCAUGCGGCUGCUCGGGAGCGCCGAGUUCUGCAUGCAGCCGCGCGGCGACGGCUACACGCGCAAGUCCACCUUCGACGCCAUCCUCGCCGGCUGCAUCCCGGUCUUCUUCCACCCGGUGUCCGCCUACCUCCAGUACACCUGGCACCUGCCCAGGGACUACCGGAGCUACUCCGUUUUCAUCCCUCACGGCGACGUCGUCGCCCGGAACGUCAGCAUCGAGGAGGUACUGCGUAAGAUACCGUCAGGGAGGGUGGCGCAGAUGCGGGAGCGGGUCAUCCAGCUUAUACCUACCGUGAUGUACCGGCACCCGGCGGCCAAGGAGGUUACGUUCAAAGACGCGUUCGACGUCGCUCUUGAGCGUGUCCUCCACCGGGUGGCCAAGCGCCGGCGUGCCGCGGCCGACGGACGGGAGUACGUGGACAGCGUCGACGGACGUGAUAGCUGGAAGUACGACCUGAUGCUAGAAGAUGGGCAGAACAAGAUAGGUCCGCACGAGUUUGAUCAAUAUGUUCACAUGAACGCAACCAAAGAUUAACUUGCCUAGUUAAUUGGGGAAGUAAAAAUUAUCCGCUGCCCAACACUCGCAUGCGGCGCGAUCAAACCGUCGUAUGAUGUUCUUCCUCAUCACCUGCUCCCUUGCAGCAGCGAGAGAGGAUUUUCUACCAUGCAUUCAUCAUUUUUUUUAUUAAGAGCAUCUUCAACGGACGCGCAAAAACUGCUCCGCACGCUAAAAACCGUUCUUUUUGGCGCGGAGACGCUCCAGCAAAUGCUGUAAAACAAUGCAUGUUUUCAAAACUUGCCAUGCGAAUGAACUGAAAGGAUGCAAUUUUCGGGACAUAAAAAUUGCCAUGGCACCACCAUACAUAUGUCAAAGCUUUGGAAUUUAGUUGUCUAAAAAACAUGUCAAUUUUUUUAAAAUGUAAAUUUACCAUGGUCCAUAAAGUGAAAUUGCCAUGUGCCAUAAAAGUGAAUUUUCCUUGGUCUAAAAAACCAUUAUGGAGGAAAUCAUUAACUGGUAGGUGCUCGGUUGGCUCGCGAGUAGGGAAUUAAUAGGCUAAUCGACAAGUUAA